AUGAGGAAACGUCUGAUCCAAGUACUUGGCUUCUUGAUUUCAUCAGUGGGAUGGCUGUUUGUGCUGUGCACCAUGGCCAUGGACUUUUGGAGAAUCGUCCAAAUAGGAGGACAAGGAGGCUCCUUUAUCAUCAGAGUGGCCUGGUACUGGUCUAACCUGUGGAAGGAUUGUUUCACCGAUUCCACGGCUGUCACUAACUGUAGAGACUUCCCUGUGCUCUGGAGUGUCACACCUUUCGUCCAGGGAGUACGAGGAUUGCUAAUGUGUGGGUUAACUCUUGGAUUCUUUGGAGUGAUACUUUGCUUUGUUGGGAUGGAGUGCACUUAUAUUGGUGGAGCUGAUAAAACCAAGGACACGCUUCUGUUUACCGGAACAGUGUUCCAUAUUGCUGGUAGUGUAUCAGAUGUUUCUGCCUACUGCUUGUACAUCAACAGGGUUGCCAGAACAACCUUUGCUGCCAGUGUAGGGCCGGGGGUCUUACGGUAUGACCUAGGACCUCCCAUAUUUCUAGGAUUGGUAGGAUGUUUUUUAAUCCUUCUAGGGGCUGUGUUUUACGCCGCUACAGUCUACCGAGUUAUUUGCCCUGAAAGUCAAGUGGUAUACGCCUAUGGAGGAGGCACAUACAUGGCUCCUCGCUCCGGAGGAAGAACCCUGUUCACCGGAUACUACAAACCUUCCAGGCAGUACGGCUCUUAUACGGGCUCAGGACCAUCCAGGAGCUCCAAAAUCUCAAAUCUGUCACAGACGACCCCCAUGAAAAUCUCAGAAAGAGAUGCAUUUGUGUAG